UUCCUUUAUCUCUAUAGCUCUUUAACUUUUCCAUUCACACACAUUUUAUUUACCCCGUUUUCCCCCAGACCACCAAAGCAAUUGCAGGAAGACCUUUUUGCUUAGCAUUUAAGUAUCUGGAACAGACCCAACAGCAAGAUGGUUCAGUAUGGUCUGGAUUAUACCCGUUGCAGAUGGAUCUUGCCUCUCCUGCUGGGCUUAGCAAUGAUCUUUGGCAUCAUCUCACUAGCUGGUUGGGGCUGGGUAACCUCACGAAGUUAUCCAUUUGAGAGUGAAGGCUCGUUAUGGAGGUUAUGCUCUUUAGAAGAUGAUUGGCGAUGUACAUCUCUCAUGGAUUUUGCUUGGGGUAGAGGUGCAGCUGCCACCUUCUUAGUUGGAUUUGUACUUGUCUGCAUCUGCUUUGCCUUGUCCAUCAUCGCUUUUGCCAUCCCGACACUUCGCUUCAACUUCAUCAGAGGCAUAGGAGGCUUGUGUUUUGUCGCUGCCAUGUUCUCAUUAAUGGGUCUUGUCAUCUAUGCUGUAAUGAUUUCAACACGUGUGGCCUUCCCAGUAAACACUGUGCAUGUGUUUGAUUGGAGCUAUGGAUUUGGGUGGACCAUGUGCAUCAUGGCAAUAGGUCUUGGAUUCUUCUUUUGUUGUCUCCCCCUCUAUGAAGAUCACAUUUUGGGAAAUGUCAAACCUGAAUAUUAUUAAAAUCUCCUAUAAAGAGCAACAGGGCCAUCAUAUGGAGUCCCUCGCUGCUUGGGAUCCAAAGAAGCAUACAGACAUACCUAUCAGCUCAAGUCCAACAUACAAGACUAGAAUAUAUAGAGGUUUAGCAGCUCAAAAAAAGAAGUAUUAACAAUUCUUGUUAAUGUGGAUUUGU